GAUCUUCUUCACAUUACACAUAACACCACUUCCUCACCACUAUACCACUUCCUGGCCAUACACACUAUACCCAAGCUACACCAAAGCACCACUACAUCACCACCAAAGCCAUAUCAAGGCCAUAUCAAAGCCACACCAAGAAUAGGCCCACAUACCUCACAAACAUCACAACAACCAUGUCUCAACGAAUGUACAUCCGCGAAGAGUUCCUCUUCGUUUUCAUCAAUCCCACCACUACCUCACCAUACAUGACCGCAGAAUGCACCAUCUGCGGAGAACCUUACUCCUCUUCCCCCGACAAAUGCGCAGUAACUUUCUCAGAUAAAGAAAGCUGCAAUCAUGUCUUUUGCCAAACCUGCAUCACCAAAUGGCUGCGCACCAAAGGGGUCAACUCCUGCCCAAUAUGCAGGAGGCAGCUCUUCACCCUCGAUGACGAGGACUACGAUGAUUUUGAUAAUUGGGAUGAAGAAGAGGAGGAAAGAGAAGCCGAAGUCUUCUUCACUCACGAGCAAAUCAUGGAAAUGCUCGAAGACAUUUGGUACAAGGUGUACUGGAUGGUUGAUGAGCACCGCCAGUCUGUCGUGAAGGAAGGGAGAGGUGUUUCUGAAGAUGAAGAAGAAGAAGAAGUUGAAAGCGAAGACGACGACGACGACGAUGAAGACGAUGACGAUAAAGAAGAUGAUGAAGAUGAAUCAGCCACCAAACCCCCCCUCCACACUUCCACCCUCCUACAUUCCUUCAUGCGCAUCCUCGCAUCCCGCGAGGACCUCCACGAUCUCAACGACGCCACGGGUUUCGCCAGCGGCAUGAAAAUCAACGUGCUCUCGUGUAUUCUCCACCGAAUCAUGGCCGAGCACAUUAAGUAUAUCGAAAGCACCGGUGGAAAAGAAAAGGUGCUGGAGUUUCCGUGGGAAAAGGCGGCGGAGUGGGCGGCGCCGCUGAGGUGGAUUAUGCGGCGUAUCUAG